GCGAAUUAUUUGGAAUUCUGCCGUCGGCUGGAGAAGUUUUAGCUCUUUAGUUGUUCCUGUGAGCUCCGGUGCUCCUCCUUACACUUUUACAGGAAAUACCGUGUUUAUUCAGUGGAUUUAUUAUUAUUGUUGUUAUUUUAGUUAUAACCGUAAAUAUAAAGUUUUAUUUAGUUUUUUAUUUGUGUUGGUUGUCGUUCAGCCGACUGUCAGUUAGCUAGUUUAGCACUCGCUCACUCCCGGCGCUGAGGAUGCCGACUGUGCGGGACAGCAGUGCGAGCCACCCGGGGGACAAUCCGCACCAGGUCCGGGUCAAGGCCUACUACCGCGGGGACAUCAUGAUCACACACUUUGAGCCAUCCAUCUCCUACGAAGGUCUGUACAGUGAGGUGAGGGACAUGUGCUCUCUGGACAACGACCAGCUCUUCACCAUGAAGUGGAUUGAUGAAGAAGGAGACCCCUGCACCGUGUCGUCUCAGCUGGAGCUCGAAGAAGCUCUCCGUCUCUAUGAACUGAACAAAGACUCCGAGCUCAUCAUCCACGUGUUUCCAUGUGUCCCGGAGAAACCUGGAAUGCCGUGUCCAGGAGAGGACAAGUCGAUUUAUCGGCGUGGAGCUCGACGGUGGAGGAAACUCUACUACGCUAACGGACACGCCUUCCAGGCCAAACGCUUCAACAGGCGUGCUCACUGUGCUAUCUGCACUGACCGGAUCUGGGGGCUCGGCCGCCAGGGCUUCAAGUGCAUCAGCUGCAAACUGCUCAUCCACAAGAAGUGUCACAAACUGGUCACACUGGAGUGUGGCAGGCAGAUACAGGAGCCAGUGUUGGAGCGGGUGGACCCGGUGCCACACCCAGCUGAACACCCAGAGCCAGUUCUUCCUCAUAAGAACUCCAGUGAGAGCAUCAACCAUAUGGGAGAGGAGCAUGAGGCGGUGAGCAGCAGGGAACCAGGUAAAGCCCCCUCCAGUCUGGGUCUGUCUGAUUUCGACUUGCUCAGGGUGAUUGGCAGAGGGAGCUACGCUAAAGUGCUUCUCGUGCGCCUGAAGAAGACUGAGCGCAUCUACGCCAUGAAGGUCGUUAAGAAGGAGCUCGUCAACGAUGACGAGGACAUAGACUGGGUGCAGACAGAGAAGCAUGUGUUUGAACAGGCCUCCAAUCACCCGUUUCUGGUGGGACUUCACUCCUGCUUCCAGACUGAGAGCAGACUCUUCUUCGUGAUCGAGUACGUAAACGGAGGAGACCUAAUGUUCCACAUGCAGCGACAGAGAAAGCUUCCAGAGGAACACGCCAGAUUCUACUCUGCUGAGAUUAGUCUGGCUCUGAACUACCUGCAUGAGCGAGGCAUCAUCUACAGAGACCUGAAACUGGACAACGUCCUGCUGGAGUCUGAGGGACACAUCAAACUCACUGACUACGGCAUGUGCAAGGAGGGUCUGAGGCCUGGAGACACCACCAGCACAUUCUGUGGGACCCCAAACUAUAUUGCCCCUGAAAUCUUGAGAGGAGAGGACUAUGGGUUCAGUGUGGACUGGUGGGCAUUGGGGGUGCUGAUGUUCGAGAUGAUGGCGGGCAGGUCUCCAUUCGACAUCGUGGGCAGCUCUGACAAUCCGGACCAGAACACAGAAGAUUAUUUAUUCCAGGUGAUCUUGGAGAAGCAGAUCAGGAUCCCCAGGUCUUUGUCAGUGAAAGCAGCCAGUGUACUGAAGGGAUUCCUCAACAAGGACCCUAAGGAGCGUCUGGGUUGUCAUCCUCAAACAGGUUUUGCUGACAUUAUGGCUCAUCCUUUCUUCCGAAAUGUAGACUGGGACCUGAUGGAACAGAAACAGGUGGUUCCUCCCUUCAAGCCGAACAUCUCCGGUGAAUUUGGACUCGAUAACUUCGAUGCACAGUUCACCAACGAGCCCAUACAGCUCACCCCUGACGAUGAUGAUGUGGUGAAGAAGAUUGACCAGUCAGAGUUUGAAGGCUUCGAGUACAUCAACCCACUGCUGAUGUCAGCGGAGGAGUGUGUGUGAGGAGUGUGCGCGUGUGCUUACACACUCAUUCAGCAUCUGAGACCGAUGGGGACUGUCCGUCCGUGUGUGUGCGCGCGCAGAGCUUCCAUUGUUUUUGCCAAAUCUCUGGGGGUUUUUUUUUUUGUUUUUGUUUUUUUUUUUUUGGUGCACACUCGCUCCUUACACUCAUCUGUCUCACUCUCUCUACUGGUCUGUCUCACUAUAGCUGUCUCCUUCUACUGGACCUUGGACACUAAUGACCAAAUUAUACACUACAUGUGUACGCACACAUAUUUGUUCAUGAGCUCCAAUAUAUGCUGUGUAUCCUUUACAGUUCAUUAUGUGUUCCCCACACACACACACACACACACACACACACACACACACACACACAUACAUACACACACACUAUAUGCUACACACUACUCUUAUUCUGUAUACUCUGUGUGUGUGUGUGUGUGUGUGUGUGUGUGUGUGUGUUAGAGCUCUGGUAUUCCCUCCUCUGUUUUUAGAUGAAAAGAACCGCUCAUGGAAUUCCACUGUUCUUAUUCCUGUUAUUUUUAUUAUCGCUGUUAUUAUUUCUGUUCCUCUGAUGAAGCUGUUAAAUGGAGAAAAAAUAUCUGUUUUAAAUAAAAACAUAUGGGAUAAUAA